AUGAAACUCCGGCAUUGCGCUUUACUUCUGCUGUCCGUUUGGGCAUUUGCCCAAGUCCCGUGCAACGACCAUUCAGUGAUCCAACCACUCAUCGACCGGUCCGACAGUAGCUUUGACUUCGUACCGCUAUCGGGGCCAGAGAGCCAUGAACGGGAACACUUUUCUAUCGCCGAGCCUCUGUCCCUUUUCCCCCUUUCUGCUGGAGGAGCAAAGGACUACCGGAAUCGAGAUGAAAGUCAUGUUCCAACCAGUCCAGGACCAUUAAUCACCCUCGGCGGACACCGUGCAGACGAGUACCGUCAAGAUAUCUCCGCUAACAAUGUAGUACAGCAGUCAAACCAUGAAGAGCUUUUGUCACUGUUUCCCCUCGCUCCUGGGGGAGCAAGAGCCUACCACGAACGUGAUUGGAAUACUAUUGCUGAGCAAGGCCAUGUUCCAAACAGUCCAGGACCAAUCACCCUCGGUGAACACCAUGCAGACGAGUAUCUUCAAGAUCAUUCCGCCCAUAAAGACCAGCAGUCAGCAUUUGAAGAGCCUCUUCGAGUCGCUAUCAACGCCCCCGAGGAAGGAAAAAAUAGCCGGAAACGAGUCCGGAAGAUUCUUUUUGAGGAAGAUCAUGUUCCAAACCGUCCAAGAAUAAGUGAACCACAUGACGACGGGCAUCAUCAAGAUCUUUCCGCCGAGGAUAGAGAGCAACCAGCCACAAGCGUUAAAAGCUCCAUCUUCACGAGCUUGACAAAUCGGGUCGACAAGGCUAGACCAAAUUUACCAAAGCCCGAAGAAUCAAGCCCGGUGUCUCAAAACGAUCUACGAACCGCUGCGCCUAUGAAUGCGAUAGCUGAAAAGCAUCUGAGUGAUUCCGAAAAGACCAUGCCUGAACCUCAUUCGCACUCGAGAGGCGAGGAAGAAGAAGUAAGAUCGUCUUCUCCCCAGGGUCUGGCUGAGGGAGGCCAUGUUCCAAACCGUCCAGGACCAAUCAACACCGGCACCCAAGACGAGGCUCAGCCGGUAGGUUCCGUUGCCGCUGGGGGAAGAACAGAUAACCGGAAACGUGUUCGCGAGUUGGUUUCUCAGGAAGAUGAUCUUCUGAACGGUCGAGCACCAGUUGUACAGCGUUCUGAGUGGCUAUAUCCUCAACAUUUUCUAGACAACAAGAGACAGGAUGUACCCCCAUAUACAAACCGCAGAUUCCCGAGCUCGAUAACGCGGUUCGAUGGGGCCAGGCUGCAUUUACCGAACCCUGAAGAGCCAGGCGCGGUAUAUCGGAUCAUUAAACAAACAGCUGCGCCUUAUAUGGAUUUCACAGCUGGAAAGUCUCUCCUUCAUGCUGAAACGACUACGUCUAAUCCUCAAUCGGGCUCUCCCUCAAUGAUAAAAACAAAACGUGAACUAAAAGAAUUUUGGGAUGAAUUGUCAAAGCAAACUCGAGAGUGGACGCCACCACCAAUUAGCGAGAAAGCCAGGCUUGCUGCAUACUUCAUGGCAAUUCACUUUCAGCGAGCACUGUCGAACAUUUCCGGAGAGGCUUCCUUGCAACAUUUAAACCGAUCAAACCGUAUCUUGAUUCCGUUUGCCUAUAGAUUAUUGAUGAAACCACUUAAUACUGAGAACUGGGCAAGGAUCCUCCUGGUAUGGCGUAACCUGUGGCAUGAGGAAAAGCCUGAAACUGAAUUUAGAAGGCGAUCAGACGGUGAAGUUUUGAAGAAAUUUCUUUGGAUCUCGAAUUUCAUCUGUGAAUCAACACUCCCCGAGUUAUAUGGGCACAUGACGACUAGCACAUCCAUCAGGCUCCGUUUUACACGACCCGAAAGCAGGACUAUAAACAUAUUAUCGGAUGGAAGAAAGGAGUUGGUAGCGGUAUUGGGUGUCGCCCGGCAGGCCGACAUGGAACACCUGAGAAAGAUUCUAAUUCAGGAAUGCUAUGAAGGAGAUCAAAAUUCGGCUCAAGCUGCGUCGUGGGAAUCAGAUCCUUCAGUCUGGAUGCCAAUACUGGCUGACUUGAAUAGGCAAGCAGUUCCAAUCACUCCCGAACCUACAGAAAUCGAUGAACUAUUAGAAAAAGGGAACCCAAAGACGUAUCUCUUCGGCAGAGACACCUGGAAUAGAAGGUACCGUCUACCGUAUGGUCCCGUGCCUGCGCAACCAUGUCACUUCCUCCAUAAUUUUCCUGGAGGACUCAAGACAGAGAUCAGAAAUCUCUUUGAAAGGACUGGUUAUGAUUCUACAGUGGACCUUCAAGUUCAAGCUUAUCCCAUUCCUGCCAAAAAUUGGGAAGAACUCAUUAGGCGCCUUGAAGUCCAUCUUGACUACCAAAAUAAGGCUCCUUCAACAAGUACACACGGUAGUUUUUUGCCCAACAGGUUGCAUCAGUGGCUUGAUGAAAAAAUCAAGAUAAUGCGGAUAAAAGAAGCUGAAAAAAUGAAAAAGCCAUCCAGGUGGUCUAAGUUCACAUAG